GAGCAUAAGCCUUGUGUUCAGAUUUAACCUUUUCAUAAUAUAUAUCCAAACCUUCAGCAUAUAUAAAUGUUCAUGAAGUACCUAACUCUAGUUUAUGCUCAUCUGAAAUGGGUACUAGAUUUCCUUCUCUACUAUCCCUUUUACAAGCUUCAUGAUUCUCAGCCACCAAUAUUUGUAGAGGAGCAUAGUAUAUUCCAUCAUGAAUCCACUCCUGGCUCAGAGAAACAUAUAGAUUGUGGUGUGUGUCUCUGCAAAAUUGAAGGAGGAGAGGAGAUUAAAGUGCUGAGAUGUGACCAUGUCUUUCACAGAUAUUGCUUCGAUAUAUGGGUUGGUUUGAAGAAUAUCAUUUGCCCUCAAUGCAAAGAAUCAGUGUGUCCAAGAAGGGCUAUCAUCAGUGAGCAUGAAGCUCAAACUUUAUUAUUCAAGUUUUGUUCUAUACGCACUGAUGACCGUGAAAGAUGGUGGCUACGCUGAGUAAUGGCCGCUUCUCUUUUCUCAAGUCACAUAAAGUAACAUAUCUCAUGUGUGAUACAUGGGGAAAUACUUUCUUAUGUUGUUGGCUCAUUUUGUUGGAGAAAGUAUUUUUCAUGUUACUCGUA